UCUUUUAAAAGAUUCGUUCUCAAACACUGUGAUUCACUUUGAGACAUUUAGCUACAUGUUUUGGAUACAAUCUUGGAUAACGUUUUUACGUGAAAAAAUCUUAAGCUGGCGUUCACAGCAGACCACAGAACCUAACCAGUGGAAACUUUUUAGUCACGAAAACCUUGUUUUUGGGGGUUUCUUGCUCUGUCUCAGUCAGUGUAGUUUGGUUCGCGGUCCCGUAUAAUCUUUGUGCUAUCAGAACCGCUGUUUUAAUCUGUUUUAAGGCAUCUGUUUUCAUCCGCUGGAAUCAUCUCGUGCGGAACUGCCAACGCCUCAUCUCUGGCAUCGUUAUUCUUCAGGCUGCAGGAAAAUUACUACAUCGUUCGGUGUUAAAGGUUCUUAUUAAUCGUUUUAUAAACAUUUCGCAAAAUGGGUUGCACGUUAAGUUCUGAAGAUAAAGCAGCGAUGGAGAGGAGUAAGAUGAUUGAUCGGAACCUGCGAGAGGACGGAGAAAAAGCAUCUAGAGAAGUCAAACUACUGCUGCUCGGUGCUGGGGAAUCAGGGAAGAGUACAAUAGUUAAGCAAAUGAAGAUCAUUCAUGAAGAUGGCUACUCAGAUGAGGAAUGUAAGCAGUAUAAAGUUGUGGUUUACAGCAACACUAUUCAGUCCAUCAUCGCCAUUAUCCGGGCCAUGGGCCACUUAAAGAUCGAAUUUGGGGAUCCUGCAAGAGCGGACGAUGCUCGGCAGCUCUUUGUGCUCGCCGCCACUGCAGAGGAAGGAGUCAUGACCCCUGAGCUCUCUGGGGUCAUCCGCCGGCUGUGGAAGGACGAAGGAGUGCAUACGUGUUUCGUCAGAUCACGAGAGUAUCAGCUCAAUGAUUCAGCAGCCUACUAUCUGAAUGAUCUUGAUAGGAUAUCCCAGCCCACCUAUAUGCCCACUCAACAAGAUGUGCUGAGGACUCGAGUCAAGACCACUGGCAUUGUAGAAACACAUUUCACCUUCAAAGAGCUCUACUUCAAGAUGUUUGAUGUUGGUGGCCAACGUUCAGAGCGGAAGAAAUGGAUUCAUUGUUUUGAAGGUGUGACUGCUAUUAUCUUCUGCGUGGCACUCAGCGACUAUGACCUGGUGCUAGCUGAAGAUGAAGAGAUGAACCGUAUGCAUGAGAGCAUGAAGCUUUUUGACAGCAUCUGCAACAACAAAUGGUUCACAGACACAUCCAUCAUUCUCUUCCUCAAUAAGAAGGAUCUGUUCGAGGAGAAGAUCAAGAGAAGUCCGCUCACGAUAUGCUACCCGGAAUACUCUGGAACAAACACAUACGAGGAGGCAGCGGCCUACAUCCAGUGCCAGUUUGAGGAUCUGAACAGAAGAAAGGACACAAAGGAGAUCUACACACACUUCACUUGUGCCACGGACACCAAGAACGUACAGUUUGUGUUUGAUGCGGUCACUGAUGUCAUCAUCAAGAAUAACCUCAUAGAGUGUGGCCUCUAUUGAAGCAUCAUCUGUCUGCUAAGUUAUUUAUGGAAGAUUUCCGAGGUUCACUGGCUGGUUGUUCCUGGUUUUGCCUGGUGGUGAAUGAACAAGAGAGACCUCCUCCCCACUGCAUGCAUUCUUCACGCUAAAUGCGGUACCUAUGCCCAUGGACAUUUUCCCCCAUCCUUUCUUAAUGACAGUCCGUUAUAGACAUUAUUUCUUUGCCACUUCCCUUUAGUCAUUAUUUUAUUGCAAAUACAGCUUCAUUCUGUUCAUUUCCUGUUUCCUCUCUAGGUAUUACAUAACACACCACUGUGCACAGAUCAUAAUCCACAAUGGAUGUUAAUAUGUGCCUCUACUAACCUCCACUGCAUCAAAGAUCAAACGAUUAUUAAUCAUAAGAUAGGAUCAUAAGACGAUUAUUUUAAAUCCUUUUAAUAACAAUGUGUCAGUUCUUAUGGGAAAGUUACCAUUUUGCCAUGUUUUUCAUAGUGAUCACUUGGCUAAUUUAUAAAAAAAUGUAGGUCUGUCUUUAAGUUUGCAUAUAUUUGCAUACUGAUAGGAAUUUCUCCAAAUUAAGCCGCUUUGAUGAGUGAAACUAAGCUAGUGUGAGAACUAUUGUUUUAUAUUGUGUUAUAUUAUUGUCAUACCUUUAGUAAUCCACAGCCCAAUCACACGGCGACAGGACACCAUUUAUUUUUUCACUAAUUAGACUUGGAUCCUUUUACAUAAUGCUUUAUAUAACACACUAUUUUUGUAUCUCUUGAGGAACAGUAAAGGUGUGAACAAAUGUUUUUUUUUUUUCUGAAUGAUGCAGAAAUAAGGACCCUCUCUUGAGUCAAGAACACUUGGGAACAAAUGCCAUGAAAACAGAACAUGAUUGGGAGAUUUACAUUCUUGAAGAGGAUAGAUUUUUUUUAAAGACUUGUUUAAUGUGAUUCUGUUUAAUCCUGUGGAUUUCAGUAUUUUUAAACAAACUGACACAAUGUGAUCUGGUUUGUAAUACCUGUAUUUAAUAUGAAAAGGGUUGACAUCAAGUUCACUGUCCAUAAUAUCUUGCUCCCAGAACAUGCUAAACAGCCAGAGUUGCCAGCAUGUGCAAAACAGACAAUAUCCAUAUACUGUGUAAAAAGUAUAAUAUUCCAGUGCUGGAACAUUCAUGUUCUCAGUCUGGAUUAAUGCAACAAUUUGUGAUUUAUUUUCUAUAUACCUGUGCUUUUAUUUGAUUUAACUGUUUCAUGUAUUUUAAACAUGAAAGUGCAAGUGAACAACUAACAUUAUAGCACUGAAUCACUAAUAUUCUAAUAAUGUGGUUUGUUUAGUUUUACAAACACCCUUCUAUUGAGUUUUUUUAUUUUUUGUCUUUUCUGAUCAUGUAUAACUCUCCAUAGUACAAUGUUUCUGUAGUUUUGAGAAAAUACAUAUAUAAUCAAUUGACCUUUGUUUAAGGAAACAUAUACAGUAGCAAAUACAUAAUCAGGAUCACAAAUUAAUUACAACACAUGAGUUGAAAAUAAUCUGCUUUUAUUUUUACAAAUAUUUUUCUUGUUUUAAUGACACUGUGUAUCUAAUACUUCAAAUGUGCAAUUGCCAUCUUUGGCUCUUAUUUCCUUCUAUUCCAGUUGUUUCUCUGAUUGUGCCUGUGGUUAUAAAUGUUGUAUAUAUGUUUAGUCUCA